UUCACUCCAUUAGUUAACUGAUACGGAGUAGUUAAUUUGGUGGUUGUUCGACACUUGACUAGGUAAUAGACUUCAACACGCUUAUUUUUGGAAUAACACCGAGCGCUCGUCCUACCACAAUACCACGCCUGCAGUCUCUGCAACUUCAAGCUCGCUUUCCCCCCUCAGUCCAUGGUGCAUCUCAUCCUCUUUGUUUUCGCCACUCUCUUCCACCUAAGCAUUGCCGCCACGACGGACACCAUCUCAGCCGGACAACCACUGGGCAGCGGCGACAAGGUUGUCUCCCGGAAUGGCAGGUACGCGCUUGGCUUCUUCCAGACUGGCGGCGAGUCCAACUGGUACAUGGGCAUAUGGUUCAACACAGUUCCCAAGCUGACCCCAGCAUGGGUUGCAAAUAGGGUUAUCCCAGUAAAGAACACCACCCUGCUACAGCUUGUAAUCUUUCAUGAUGGAAACCUUGUCAUCUUAGACCGGUCUAGUAACUCCGUGAUCUGGUCCACCCGAGCAAACGUCAAAGCCAACAACACCAUCGCUGUCCUCUUGGACAGUGGAAAUCUCAUCCUACAGAAUUCCUCAAACCCAUCAGAAAUUUUGUGGCAGAGCUUUGACUACCCGACUGAUACAUCGCUCCCUGGGGCAAAACUUGGAUGGGACAAGGUCACCGGCCUGAACCACCGCCUUGUUUCUUGGAAGAACUCGGUCAACCCAGCUGCUGGUAUAUACUCUGAGGAGUUAGACCCUAGUGGUGUCAACCAGUACCUUCUUACAACACUGAACUCUUCCAUGCCAUAUUGGUCUAGUGGUGUCUGGAAUGGCCAAUAAUUUGCAUCAAUGCCAGAGAUGUCAAAGCAUCAUCUAGUCAAUUUCACAUUUGUUGACAAUGAUCAAGAGAAGUACUUCAUGUAUACCCUAGACGAUGAAAGCAUGGUAAUUCGUAACUAUUUGGAUGUGUCCGGUCAAGCAAAGGCAUAUGUUUGGAUAGAAAGCACACAACAGUGGGUAAUGAUGUUUGCCCAACCCAAAGCUUGUGAUGUCUAUGCUAUUUGUGGAACUUUCACAAUUUGCAAUGAUGAUGCGCUGUCAUCUUGCAAUUGUAUGAAGGGCUUCUAGGUGAGAUCACCAAAGGAUUGGGAGCUAGAUGAUCGAGCCGGUGGGUGCUCAAGGAAUACUCUGUUAAAUUGCAUUGGCAACAAAAGCACAAGCUCCACAGACAAGUUCCACUCUAUUGCAUGUGUUAAAUUGCCCCAAAAUGCCCAAAGCAUGCAAAUUGCUGCUAGCGCCGGUGAAUGUGCACAAGUUUGUCAGAGGGACUGUUCUUGCACUGCGUAUUCCUUUGGGGAUGGUGGAUGCUCCAUUUGGCACAACGAUCUGCUUAACAUAUGGCAGCAACAAUGCAGUGGAAUUUCCAGCAUAGAUGGAGAAACUCUUUAUGUUCGCCUUAACGCCGACGAACUGCACACUCAGAAACCCAACAGAAGAGGAUUGAUUGUUGGAGUUAUCAUUUGUGCAAGUGUUACGGCUUUAGGUUUGUUAUUAGUGUUCUUACAACUGGUGAUUUGGAAGAACAAAACAAAGUUCUCUGCUGGUGGUAUAUUGGCUAAUGAUGCUCAAUUUUUCACUGGUAUCACAGCGUUUGGGUACACUGAUUUGCGACGUGCAACUAGAAGUUUCUCUGAGAAGUUUGGGGGAGUCAGCUUCGGUUGUGUGUUCAAGGGAAUCCUAACUGACUCCACAACCAUUGCAGUGAAAAGGCUUGAUCAAGUUUGCCAAGGAGAGAAGCAAUUCAGGGCUGAGGUGAGCUCGAUUGGGAUCAUCCAACAUGUCAAUUUGGUCAGAUUAAUUGGUUUUUGUUGUGAGGGUGGCAGCAGAUUGCUUGUUUACGAACACAUGCCAAAUAAAUCACUUGAUCUCCAUCUGUUUCAGAACAUGACCACAAUAUCCUGGAAAUCUAGGUACCAAAUAGCUCUUGGAGUUGCUAGAGGAUUGGUUUACUUGCACGAGAGCUGUCAAGAUUGUAUCAUACAUUGUGACAUUAAACCAGAGAAUAUCCUUCUUGAUGCUUCCUUCACUCCAAAAAUAGCUGACUUUGGGAUGGCCAAGAUUUUGGGAAGGGAUUUUAGCCGUGUACUGACUACAAUGAGAGGGACUGCAGGGUACCUUGCACCUGAGUGGAUCUGUGGUAUCCCAAUCACACCAAAAGCCGAUGUGUACAGCUAUGGGAUGGUGUUGCUGGAAAUCAUAUCUGGGAGGAGGAACUCACAAGCACCAUGCUCUUGUGGCAGUGAUCAUGGUGUCUACUUCCCUGUGCUUGCUGCAGGUAAGCUUCUUGAGGGAGAAUCCGGGAGCUUGGUAGAUCACAUGUUACAGGAUGAUGUCGAUCUACUUGAGGUUCAAAUAGCUUGCAAGGUUGCAUGUUGGUGCAUACAAGAUGACGAGUUUAAUCGUCCGACAAUGGGGCGGGUGGUUCAGAUUCUUGAGGGGCUGGUCGACAUCAGCGUUCCCCCGAUGCCACGACUACUUCAAGCUAUGACUGGAACUGGAAGCUCGCAUUUGAGAUGUUCUUAAUGCUCAUUAGUCCAAUUCAUGAACUCUAUGCAGAUAUUUGUAUUUUCUUCUGUCACAAAUGAACUUACUAUUUUAAAAAGAUGAUUGUGUGAGACUAGCCAA